UCUAUUAAUUUAUUUAUGGUCAAAUAAUUUUAUCCUCUAAAUUCUGCAUACUAAUCACUGACAUUUGUUUUCAGCUGCACAGAGAUGACUGCAUUACUCUUUAACUGUCUCAAGUAGACAACCAGCAGCCAGAGAGCUGCCCAUAUGGGCUCAGGGUGUCUAUCCAGAUAAUCUUUGUAGGAGGAUUAAGACCGGAGGAGGAAGACAUUCUACAUGCCUUGCAUUUGUCCUGUGAGGGUCCUUUAACCUUUCAGGGCACAUCUCCACAGCUGAUUAUAAUGCCUUUAUCAGAUUUUCUUGGGCAGGGGAGGAUGUUAGGGGUCGGAGCUCUGCUGGUGUGGCUCGUCCUCUUCCACCUUCUCGUUAAUGUUUGGCUCCUUUGUAUCUUCACCAGUCUCUUGGUGGUUCUUGGAGGUUGGCUUGGGUCACGGGCACUGCUGGAUGCAAAUAGCGUUCUCCACCUGGAACACUUUCUGCCCCUUGGCAACAUUAACCCACCUCAGUGUUCACCUGAGCACGAGUGGAGGUUGAACCAUGAGAUCCACAGCGCUGUCCACAAAGCAGUGCGUGACUUUGUGUCCUCGUGGUAUCGCACUCUGCUCCCUGAGGUGGAGGGCGACUUUGAACGUGUGGUGCGUAAUUCAAUGCUGGAGUCAGUGAUGGAACUGAAGGAGCGUGCACGGCGAGUGGACAGAAAAGCCAUGGUUCAGCGGCUUCUGGAGCUAUAUGGCAGUCACCUGCAGAACUACAUGUCAGUAAGACAGAUACAGUCAACACAAAAAGAAAGUAUGAGCCUCUGGCAGCUCUACAGUGAAGUAGACACCCCUCAUCCAGCUGUGAGCAGUGAAAUCGCUGAGCUCGGCUACUCCAGAGCUCUUGUUCACCUUGUGCUACAUGUGCUGAUUCCAUACCCUCAGAUGGAAACCAGGACAGGAGGCUACAUGGUUACAGAACUCAUUACCUGCAACGUGCUGCUACCACUCAUAAGCAGGAUAUCUGAUCCUGACUGGCUCAACCAGACUAUUGUAGACAUAUUCACCAGAUGCAGAGAACCAUCUCAGGAAAUAAAUCCUGAUGACCACCCAGCAGAUCCACUGUACAAAUGUCACAUUGAGCAGGAGUCCUGGGCCACCUGCAAGUCACUAUCUUCUUCUGCCCAAGCUGGUCUCACCAGCAGCAGCACCUCUGACCUGGGUGACCUGAAUGAGAGCCGGAGCACGAUCUCUGAGAGGGAUUCCUCUCUGAGCAGCCUCGUUAGUGUGACGUCAGCGGGGAAAUUACAAGGCUGCAGCACAGGUUUGCUCGCACCAUACAAAGUGAACUGCUGUCCACUCACAUCUGCCCACUACUCCAACUCAUCAGAGUCCAAAAUCAUUUCACUGGACUCGCUAGCUCAUUCAGACUCAGAUGAUGACCUGACAGGAGGCUUUUGUGAGUGUGGUCCUUCAAACAACUUGUGCAGCAUGCUCACUUCAAAGGAUGAUGAAGCUUAUGGAUGCUUUGGUCCUCUUAGAAAUCUAGGACCGAAGGUGGUGGUGCCUGUGGACUCCCAGUGGCCGGCAGGCAUAGCCCAAGAGAAAUCCCCAGGUUGUCCUAGAAGAAGGCUUUGCUUACCCUCUUACAACUUCAAUGCACCCAACAGCGCAGCUGCACCUGUGAAUAUUCAGAAUGUCAGAAUUUCUGGAAUUGUCACCACAAAGGAGCAGCGUGGCACUGGCACACAUCCCUACAUUCUCUACACUGUAAAGUUUGAGACCAUGACUGAUCCUGAUAGCAGCGUCACUCUGCAGCCUGCAGCCCAUCACACUGUCAAUCGCAGAUACAGCGAAUUCCUCCACCUGCAGACACGUUUGGAGGAGAAGCCAGAAAUAAAGAAAUUAAUCAAGAAUGUCAAGGGCCCAAAGAGAAUUUUCCCUGACCUCACAUUUAGCAACCCAGACGGUGAGAAGGUCGAAGUGCGUAAAAGCCAGCUGGAUGCCUUCCUUAAACAAUUAAGCAGCAUUUCUGAGAUAGCCAACAGCGAAGACAUGCAGGAGUUCCUGGCUCUCAAUUCAGAUAUCUGCACAUAUUUUGGAAGAAAACCUUUUGUCAAAUCAAGAAUUGAUAAGAUGAUGGAAAAUGCUUUGGACACCUUGAAGACAGCGUUCCCUCAUCCUGAGCCCCUCAGCCCAACGGAGGACAUCGACGGAGAUGCUGAUGGAAGAACAAUGGACAACAGAAAGUACAGGAGGCUUUUCCCAAGCAAAAUCUCUCCAUCUUUCAACAUACCCAAUAUACCUGAUCUACAUCCUAAAGUGACAUACUGCUUCAGUGAAGGCAGCACUGUCCUCAAUGGCAUGUCACUGUCCCACCUGGAGAGUUUUGUCAGAGAGCAGGAAAGGCUGUUAUGUGGACUGUGGGACUGAAUGGGAAAGAGACACCACAAGCAUAGGUGUGAGCAGCAAGGCAAAGACAAGAAGACUUCAGGGAAAACUCACGGCACAGACACAGCUGUGGCGGAUGUCGCUUUGAACAUUUUGUGCCUGCUGAUGAAGGAUCAGUGGAGUUGGCUGUGCACUGAGAACAUACAGAAGACCAUCAGACUGCUCUUUGGCACCUUCAUUGAGCGAUGGCUGGAUGUAGGUGUUGCCCACCUUACCAGUGCUCCAUGCUGGGUGAUUUACCUACAAGUGCUGCAGGAAGCUGUAUGGCCCGGCGGCACGCUGCCUGCUCAGCCGCAGCCCGAGCGAAGCACCGCAGAAAAGGAGAAAACAAAGGAGCAAUGCUUGGACUGCCUGAUGCAGCUGCUCCCAGAGCUCAUCACUGACAUGCUGGGUAAUGAGAAGUACAGACUGAGUUUGGAGACUAUGCUGGAGUCUUUGCAGGACCAUCAGAUAAACAAGCAUCUGAUCUACUGCAUCUGUGUGCUGCUGGAGUUUUUGAUCCCUGAGUCGUGUGAUGAGGCCUUUCAGCAUUCUCUGCUACAGAGCCUGGCUAAAGACACAUAUUGAGACAAUGUCCCUAAUUUUGAUUGGCACUAGUUUACAAAAAUCAGCCUGCUGAAGCUCAGAGAUGUUUACCAUCAUUGAAGCUGGUGACACCAACAGACUGAAUAACUGAUUAGGUAGGCUGGCUCUGUGACCGGCUACAGUGCAAUCUUAACACCUUUGAAGCUGUGUUGGACGUUGGACUUCUGUCGUGGACGAUCCUGACCAACCUCUGCAACACUUACUGGACAGGCAGCUGAUGACUGUCUGCCAGAGACAUAUAUUUUUAUAAUAAUUAUUAUUAUUUCAUUGUCAUUUCAACUGCUGUAACAAAAGAAUUUCCCAAAUGUGGGAUAAAUAAAGUAUUUCUCAUCUCAUCAUCAAACAAGCUUUCGCUUCCAUUUCAGCUCAUAAAGCUGAUAUGUUUGCAAAUGUUGCACGUUCCUUCCUUAGAGCAAGGUAAGGUCUCACCUGAGUGCAUAUUUGCGACCUCCAUCUGAAAUAUGAUGUUACAAUAUUGUUUCUACAUCUUCAGCUGAUGCAUUGAACUUGACUGAUUCCAAGGACUUUAAAAGAAAUGAAAGAGGCUCUUCCAGGAUUUUAUAUAAGGUUUUAUUUUGGACUUUAUCACCUUUUGUCUAAUGAUUGCUAGCUGUCUCGCUGUGCUUCCCAGUGCAAUCAUUUCUUUCAGCAGAGCCCUGUGACAUCUCAGUGAAAUCAGAAGGAGGGGCAGAGAAGAAAGUUGGGGCUGAACUUCAGACAGGUGAAGUGAAUCGGUAUGUUUGAAGUUGAAAGCACUGUUGGGGAAUCCCCCUUUAAGCUACAAAGUGAGCUUGUGGGAUUUUAGAAGUCAUAAAGAUGAUAUAAUGUUAGUGGAUAGGCUUUAUCUUUAAUUCCUCCUCUGUUUCAGCUAAAUUAUUCAUGUAAUCCAGCCCUUUUCACAUGUUUUCACUGUACAAACACUAUUUGUGUGAAAAGAGUUAAAGAUCUGUAACGUGCUCUGACUCAUCUGAGGCUUCAGGCUGAGAUUUCAUCGAUAACUGUUAUAGUCUUCCCAUGAUCUUUUGAUCCUGAGAGCAUUUAAAAGAAUAUGCAUCACUUCACAGCCAAGCUCUUUGAUGAGGGAUGGAUUAACUGCCUGACUUACAAAACCACUAUGAAAAUACUCUUAUGUUUUGCUCGAGUGGUAAAUUAAAGGGGAAAAAAAAGUAAGGUGAAAAUCACCAGCUUUUGUAAAAUGCUUCCAUAUGGCAGCAUAACUGGUUUUUUUUCACAAUUUAAAAAAAAAAAUUUGUGACACUGUAAACGCAUCACUUGUGAUCUAGAUGCAGUCUGUACUUCAAGUGAAGGAUUUAUUAUCAGUGUUAAGCAAAACUAAUUAUCAGAGAAACUGAUCUCUGACACUCAGCUGAAAGAGGUAUUUGACUGUCGAUUAGAACAAAUAGAGAAUAAAUUUCAAUUAGACUAAAUUCUGCUAAUUUCCUGCACUGAGAUAUUGUCACGUUUGAGGUUAACUGUGGCCGGGAUGUGGCUGUUCUCACUGCAUGUGUAACCAAAGGCAACAGCUUUUAUUCAGAGGUCCUGUAACCAACCC